UUGAGUUCAAGCUGCCUACAAAGGGUGAAACUUUUCCCGCCGGUCUGUCCGUGUUCUCUCCUCAGAACACACGAUGCCACCCAAAAAGAAAGGCUCGAGUAAGAAGCCUCCAAAGGUGAAGACGCCCCCCCUGAUAGACGGCCUCACCAAGGACGAGAUGAGCAAGGAGCAGCUGGAGGAGCACAUCGUCCGCCUGCGAGAGGAGCUGGAUCGAGAACGGGAGGAGAGGAACUACUUUCAGCUGGAGAGGGACAAGAUCCACACGUUUGGGGAGAUCAAAGAGAGACAGGUGGAGGUGGCCGUGGCUGAGCAGAGGAACUUAGAGAAAGAGAUAGAGGAGGACGAGAGGCAACACCAAGUGGAGAUCAAGGUGAACAAGCAGAAAAUGAAACACCUCCUGUGUGAACAUCAGAACACCACUUCUGAGUUAAAGGCCGACGCUUUAGUCUCCACGGACGCCGUGCACGCAGAUCAGGAACGAGUGGAGGCGGAGCUGCACGAGGCGAUGAAUGACGUCAUGGUGGACACGCAGGAGCUCGACAUCACCGACCUGGUGAAGGAGCUCCAGCUGAAACACGAUGAAGAAAUGAACCAAACAAAGAGCCGCUGUGAGAAGAAACUGAAGGACGCUGAAGCUAAGUAUGAUAAAAACACGGAGCUGCAUCUUCAAGAGCUGGACAACCUGAGGAAGAAAGAAGUGACCGAGCGACAAGAUCACUGGAACCGCUACAGCUCCAACCUCGCAGAAGACCACAGAGAAGCUGUCGGCAAGAUGAAUUCUCUCAUCAACACGUUGGUUGUUGACGUCACAAUCAAGACAGAAAAAGGAGAAAUGAAGGACGAGAUAAAGGUGAGGGAGAAGGACCUGCUCCGUGUUCCGCAGGAUAACAAACAUCUCAACGAGCUCCUCUCCAAAGCCAACGAGGAGGAGACCUCCAUCAAAAAGGAAAUGGUCUUCCCUGUGAAAAAGAACGACUCGGAGAAGCUCCGACUGAAGGAGCUGAGCGAACUGAAAGAGGAUCACGAGGAGCUGAAACAGAUAUUCAGCAAACUUCAGACGGAGAGAGACGAGCUGUACAAGACGUUGACACAGUAUAUACGGGACGUGCAGCAGAAGGGCGGUUUGAAAGACGAGCAGCUGGAGAAUGUUCUGAAGGGCCUGACGGACGUUCUGGAGAAGACUCAGGCUCAGAUCGACUCGGUGCUCUCGGCCUCUAACGUGGACCAAACGGCCCUGAGAGGAGUCAUGGACCAAGUUGAGGAAAAUCUCGACCGCAGUAAGAAUUCCCUCGAGGACUUGCGUCGUGAAAGAGCUCUGAUUUCCAAGGCCUGUACGGAUUUACUGCUGCACAACGAAGCCAAGCAAAGAGGUGUGGGCGUGUCCGUCCAGGUGCUCUGA